ACAUUAACCUACAUACUGUACAAUUGUUCUUAUCCCCACCCUGAGGACAUAAAUCAGCCAGGGUUGAUAUAAAGUGUCGCCUCGCCUCACCCUGCUGUAGGAGUUGUUGGGGUUGUUUUCUGGAAUUAAACUGCAGUCUCCUCCACCGAGCUCCAUGGUCAUGUUGUUCAGUCUCCUCUUCACCGUGUGGAUAAUUCUUCCAGCACGGGUUUUUGUCUUUAACCUGGACACACAGAACGUGAUGAGGAAGCGAGGAGAAGCAGACAGUUUGUUUGGCUUUUCUAUGGCCAUGCAUCAUCAGCUCAAACCUUCAGACCAGCGCGUACUGCUGAUUGGAGCUCCUCGUGCUAAAGCAUUGCCAGUUCAAAACGCCAAUAUAUCUGGUGGUCUGUACAGGUGUAAAUUCACAACUCAACCUGAUGACUGUGAACGCAUCCCCGUUGAUAUAAAAGCUCGAUCUAAAGAUCAUCCAGGAGUGGACUAUAGAGAAAACCAAUGGCUAGGUGUUAGUGUUCAAAGUCAGGGACGAGGAGGCAAAGUAGUGACCUGUGCACACAGAUACCAGGAUUGGAGCUUCACUAAUCAGCGGUUAUUGGGCAGAUGCUUUGUCCUGGGACAGGACCUUGUAUUGGGAACGGAUGGAGCAGACACAAGAUCAUUUUGUAGGACUCGGGAGACAGAUAAACACAACUUUGGGUACUGUCAACAGGGUCUCUCUGUAGCUUUUUCCAAAGACAGCAAAUAUCUUGUUUAUGGAGCUCCAGGAGCAUAUGACUGGAAAGGCAUUGUGCACAUGGAGCCUGUUGAGGACUUCUCUCUGGAGAUCUAUGAAACAGCAGAUGAACACGAACUCAAUCCUGUGGACAUCAGCAGCUUUUUAGGCUUUGCUCUUGACACUGGGAUGAACCUGAUGAAGAAAGGAGAGCUGAAUGUGGUAGCAGGCGCUCCACGAUCAAACCACAGCGGGGAGGUUUUACUACUGAGACCAGAAGACAGAACAGAAGCCAGAAACUUACAAGUCGAACACAUCCUUCGAGGACCGGGUUUAGCCUCCUCCUUUGGUUACGACCUCACCAUUCUUGACUUAAACGCAGACGGGUGGGAUGACAUUGUUGUGGGUGCACCCGAGUUCUCCAGUAAAAACAUGGAUGAUGAUGUAGGAGGUGCUGUGUACAUUUACAUCAACCAAGCUGAAGGACAACACUGGAGCCACUUCCAACCAGUGUGUCUGUAUGGUAAAAAAGACUCCAUGUUUGGACUGGCAGUGGCACAUGUUGGGGAUCUCAAUCAGGAUGGAUACCAAGACUUUGCAGCCAGUGCACCAAAUGAGGAUUCAGGGAGAGGUCGAGUGUAUAUUUACCAUGGUUCAGCUGCAGGAUUUCAUCACAAACCAACGGUUGGUUAA